AUGGGCUUCAAUCUCCAUGCCUCGAAUACAGAUGACCCGCCACAGGUUCGCAACUGGAAGGUACACAUCUUUGCACUCAUUGCCUCUAUGAGCGCUGUUGCAAUGGGAUAUGACACGGCCGUCAUUGGCGGCACGAUGGCCCUCGAUUCUUUCAAGAGAGACUUUGGCCUUGAGGGCCGUGAGCAGCACGACGUAGACACACUCCAGGGCAACAUCGUUUCGACGUUCCAAGCCGGCACAUUCUUUGGUGCCCUCUUGUCGUUUCCAUUAGCCGAGAGAAUUGGGCGUAAGAGAAGCAUCAUGAUUGCAUCGCUGGUCUUUCUGGUUGGUGGCAUCAUGAUGACUGCCGCCAAUGGUCGCCUGCCUCUCAUCAUUUCAGGCAGAGCAGUGGCUGGCCUUGGAAUAGGAGCCGUCAGUCUCAUUGUUCCCGUCUAUAUCGCCGAAACAAGCCCUCCCUCCAUUCGAGGUCGCUUGGUUGGUGUCUUCGAGAUAUGCUCUCAAGGUGGUGGCAUGUGUGGCUUCUGGAUUAAUUACGCCGUCAAUCGCACCAUCUCAGAUUAUACCAAAACCCAGUGGAUCAUACCCUUGGCAUUGCAGCUUUUGCCUGGCGCAAUUCUGUUCUGCGGCAUCGCAUUGUGUCCUGAGACACCUCGCUUCCUUGCAAAGAAAGACGAUUGGGAAGGUGCCAGGAAGGUCUUGUGCCAGCUCCGGACGCUCCCAGCCGAUCAUGCUUAUAUUCGCAAAGAGCUGGCUGAGAUCCGCGAGCACGCUGAGAUCAUGAAUGCUGGCCAUCUCACUCCGAAGCAGAUGCUCAAGCGGCUCUUCCAGAAGGGCACACGCAACCGCGUUGGUAUCGGCCUGCUGCUCAUGUGCUGUCAGAACAUGACCGGUGUCAACAUCAUCACCUACUAUUCACCCCGCAUUUUUCAGACCCUCGGUGUGACCGGCACUUCUACCAAGCUUUUUGCUACUGGUUUCUACGGCAUUGCGAAGACUCUUGGCAUGAUUGUCUUUUCUCUCUACCUGGUGGAGAAGAUCGGUCGCCGGAACGGCUUGAUCUACGGUGCCUUUAUCGGAUCUAUUCCCAUGUGGUACAUUGGAGGAUACGUCUUCAAGGCAGACCCAACGGGCGCUGUGGCGGCCGGCAGCACCACGCGAAGCGGAUGGGGCUACCUCGCCAUGGUUUGUGUCUAUCUGUACGGCUUCAUCUACUGUGCGACGUGGCAGGGAAUCACCUGGGUUUACUGCUCUGAAAUUUUCCCGCUCGACAUUCGCAUGCUCUGUGUGGCGAUCACCACCGCUGAUCAAUGGCUCUGGUCUUUCAUCAUUUCACGGACUACUCCAUACAUGAUUACCAGUCUCGGAUACGGAACCUACAUGUUUUUCGGUGCACUGAUGAUUCUGAUGGGCAUCUGGGCCUUCUUCUUCGUUCCCGAGACCAAGGGGCGUACCCUGGAGCAAAUGGAACAGCUGUUUGGUGCGGAUGUUUCUGCCCCUAGCUUGAUUAAAGAGGUGGGCUCCGAUUUUGGCGAGAAGCAGGUGGGCACGGUGCAUAUCGAAGAGCAACAACCAAGAUCCGCGAAAUGGAAGAUUUCCCGUGUGCUCAGCGCGUAG